AAUCAGCCUCGGCGGAGGACUCCAACUCCAAGGGAAGGAAGGAACGAAGGAAGCAGAGGACGGACGGACAAUGGCGUCGGCGGCGCCGCCCGCCGCCGCACCCGGCCGCCCCCAUCCGACCUACACCAACGCAAGCUCCCUCUCCUCUCCUCUCCUCUCCUUGGAGAUGAUUACUUACGCGCUCGCCCAGCUGGGAGGCGCCUCCGCCCGCUCCGCCAUCGCCGGAUUCAUCGCCGCGCGCUUCACCGGCCUCCCCGUCAGCCACGACGCGCUCCUCUCCGCCCACCUCCGCCGCCUCGUCGCCGAGGGCCUCCUCUGCACCUCCGGAUUCUCCUACUUCUUCUCCUCCCACCACUCGCCGACCAGGCCACCGGAGAGUAACAGUCCCGAUUCCGAUUCGGAUGAUCCAUCAACUGGGAGGUUCCACUUCCUCCAGAGUAGCAGUAGCAGUAGCAGUGAGGAGGAGGAGGACGAAGAUGAUGCUGCCUACACGCCUCUGCCUGUGCAUGUGCAUGUGCCUGUUCCUGUGCUGGGAGAGAAGCGGGGCCGGGGCCGCCCGCGGAAGAAGGUUGUGGUUAUGCUGUCUGCUCACACCACCACUGCUGCUGCAACGCCUGGAGAACCCUGUCCUGCUCCUGCUCCUGCUCCUGUAAAGGGAGAGCAUUCUGGUGCUGCUGCAAAGGGAAAGGGGUCUGUGCUAUCUCUAUCUGGGGAUGCAGCUUACUCGGUGACUAAGCGAGGCCGUGGGAGACCAAGGAAGCUACACCAAGUUGCGCCGCCGUCCCCCUCACCCUCACCCUCACCCUCACCCUCACCGGGAGCAGGAGAUGAUCCACCGUCAACCGGUGGCAUCAUCAAGAUCAAGAUCAAGAGAGGGCGUGGGAGGCCGAGAAAGGAGGACCAACAAUCAAGAUCACAGGAAGCAACAACAAAGACUCUUCCAACUCCACCUGCGUCAAGGCGGCGGGGGAUCAAGGUAGGGUGUGGGAGACCAAUGCUAGCUCCUACAGGGCCUCCUGGGAGUUGGAGGCCACUAAUAAUAGACAAGCACCCACCAGAAACUGCAGCAAGGUGCUCUGUUGUUGAUGCUACGCCGUCGGUAAUCAAGAGACCGCGCGGGAGGCCAAGAAUGUACAGACCAUCCGCUCCUGAAACUGGAGAUGCAGCACCUGCUCCUCAAACUGGAGAUGCUGCAUUGAUGGGAGUCAAGAGAGCAGCUCAUGGUUGGCCAAUAAAGGAGAACCCAGCAGCAGCAGCAGCAGCAGCAAUGUCUGGUGAAACUGGAAAUGCUGCAUCGGCCGGAAUCAAGAUAGGGGAAGUGGAGAAUCCAACAGCAGCAAUAUCUGCUGAAGCCGGGGAUGUUGGGUCAACGGGAAUCAAGAGAGGGGGUGAGCAACUAGAAGUGGAAAUGCCAGCAGCAGCAAGGCCCGCUGAAGCUGGAGAUGCAACGCCUGCUGAAUUAACUGGAGGUGCUGCGUCAACGGGGAUCAAGAGAGGGCGUGGGAGGCCAAGAAAGGACAAGACAGCAGCAGCAGCAGCAAUGCCUGCUGACGCUGGGUCUGCGGGGAUCAAGAGAGGGCGUGGGAGGCCAGGAAAAGAGAAGCCAGCAGCAGCAGACUUGUUGGCUGAAACUGAAGCUGGAGAUGCCGUGUCAACUGGGAUGAAGGGGGCGCUUGAGAAUCCAAUAUCAGGUUAUGUCGUGUCAACUGGAAGCAAGGAAGCACUUAGAACGGAGAAGCCAUCGACAGGUGAUUUUGUGUCGAUGGUAAUGAAGAGAAAGAGAGGGCGUGGGAGGCCAAGGAAAGAGCAGCUGGCCUUCCUUUGAUUGAAACCAGGCCUGGUUUGGAGAAGAAGCUAGUCCAUGUGUAGGAAACCAGGCCUGGUUUGGAGAAGAAGCUAUUUUCUAAUUCCUAGUCGCAUUAAAUAUUUAUUUUUUUCUUUGUGUCAAACAAAAAAGCUAGACUUGACAUUUUGAAGUGGAGCAUAGUAGAAUGGAACAAAAAAAUAAUGCUUGAAUGGUGAAACAACGUUUGCACAUUACCUUGUAAUACUGCAUUAUAUGAACUGAAUUCGAGUGGAGAAGCUUCCAGAUU